AUGGCGGAGGAUGCUACGAGCAGCCACCCGUCACGCUACAUCAAGCUCACCAAGGACCAGGACGCCCCCGCCGAGGACAUCCGCCCCGGCGAGCUCAACCAGCCAGUACACGUCCCGCAGCUCGAAGGCCGGAGGUGCAGCGAGUGCGGCCAGGUCCUGCCCGAGAGCUACGAGCCGCCCGCCGACGAGCCCUGGACCACCGGGAUCUUCGGAUGCACCGAUGACCCCGAGACCUGCCGAACUGGGUUGUUUUGCCCGUGCGUGCUGUUUGGGCGCAACGUGGAGGCUCUUAGGGAGGACAUCCCUUGGACAACUCCUUGCGUGUGCCAUGCUGUGUUUGUUGAAGGAGGGAUCACGCUGGCGAUUCUGACAGCAAUAUUUCAUGGUGUUGAUCCAAGGAGUUCAUUCCUGAUUGGAGAAGGUCUGGUGUGCAGUUGGUGGUUAUGUGCUACCUAUACUGGCAUCUUCCGCCAGGAACUUCAGAGGAAAUAUCAUCUCAAGAACUCUCCGUGUGACCCAUGCAUGGUCCACUGCUGCUUGCACUGGUGUGCCAACUGCCAGGAGCAUCGCGAGAGGAGAGGACGGCUGGCAGAGAACAAUGCCGUGCCCAUGACUGUUGUGAACCCACCUCCAGUUCAAGAGAUGAGCAUGUCAGAGAACCGUGGUCCUGCGGCCCUGGAGAACGGAGCUGAGCAUGAAGCAGAGAAGAGCAAAGGUUCAAGCAAAUUCUUUCUGCCUGGUGCAACAGCCGCAGUUCUUGCCAUGCUUGGCGCUCUACAUGCUAGACGUAUGUAUGAUGACAAGAAAGUCAUCGAAAGCAAGGACAAAGGAAUUGAACCACAAUUCUCGCCAGAUAUCAGGGCUUCAUUUUUUAGGCUCCUACCAUUGCGUACUAUGUCACGUUUCUGGGGAAUCUUGAUGGAAGUGGAUGUCCCAGUUUUCAUGCGCCCGACCAUCUACAAAGCAUGGGCUAGAGCAUUUCACUCUGAUUUGCAAGAAGUCGCUCUUCCUCUAGAAGAAUAUCCGUCUUUGCAGGCAUUCUUCAUCCACGGUCUCAAAGAAGGAGCGAGGCCCAUUGAUCCAGAUCCAAACUGUCUGGUGAGUCCUGUGGAUGGUCGAGUUUUGAGGUUUGGAGAGCUAAGAGGUCCAGGAACCAUGAUUGAGCAAGUGAAAGGCUUUUCUUAUUCUGUUUCUUCUCUUCUUGGCACGAGUUCAUCCCUUCACGAUGCCGCAGAAGAACUUUCUGGGGAGCAGAUACAGGAUAAUAUGCCUGAGAAUUGUAAUGCAAAAUCAUGGUGGCGAGUAUCAAUUGCUUCACCUAAACUACGGGAUCAAACACUAUCGAGCCCAAAGAAAGGCAUGUUUUACUGUGUCAUAUAUUUGCACCCUGGUGAUUAUCAUCGAGUCCAUUCUCCUGUUGAUUGGAACAUUUUGAAACGUCGGCAUUUCUCAGGCCAUCUUUUCCCUCAGAAUGAACGUGCUGUGCGGACCAUCAGAAACCUGUACGUUGAUAACGAAAGGGUAGUGCUUGAAGGGCAAUGGAAAGAAGGGUUUGUUGCAAUUGCAGCAAUUGGUGCUACUAAUGUUGGAUCAAUCAGGAUAAGUAUUGAACCUGAGCUGAGGACAAAUAGGACAGCGUCAAGGAUGGUUGACUCAAUGCCUCCUGAGGAACGUGUUUAUGAACCGGAAGGGACUGGCGUGAUGGUUAAAAAGGGUGAAGAGGUAGCAGGAUUCAAGAUGGGAUCAACCGUGGUGGUGGUAUUUGAAGCUCCUGUGUCCAAGUGCAGGGCAAGGGAGGAGGAGGAGGAGGAGGGAGGAGCAGAUUUCGGUUUCUGCAUCAGGGCUGGCGACAAGAUCACAGAGGGAUGGCUUCAGAUGUACUGCCAUAGAUGUGCUGCUUCUGUUAAAUGA